CGCAAUCAACUCAAUACUUACCACGCUCAGGCAUUUUCUUUUACAUUUAAUUACACAACCAAACUGCUGUGCAGUGUUUCUAAUUCAACUCAGACGACAUGAAGUUCACCGCUAUUCUAUUGACUGCGUUGGCCACCAGCAUUCUCGCCCAGGAUUGCCCAACUCGCAACGUCAAACUCGACUGCAAGUUUGUUGGCAAAGGGGCUGAUGGCCUCGAUCAGUUUGCGGACGAAAACUGCUGCACAUUCCCUGCUCGUUGCGGGAACGGCGAUGGAGGUCAAGUGUGCGAGCUUGUAAGCCCCAAGGCACAGGGGAAGAAGAACCAGAACAGAAGAAGACGGCUUUAG